UGACUCCCCCGCGUGCAGGUACAUGGCGUUUUUGGAAAUGUAACCAGGACUUUUCCACAUAAUUCAGAUCCGUUAAAACUGGCAGCAGUAGAACUUAACUCCGGAAGAUCAUGGAUUUUUUUAAUUUGUUGCUGGAUCAAACUAAGACAACUGAAAAUGAUGAAAGUUUGCGGUAUAUGGAAUAUAUCCUACGUCAAGACUUGAUCAAAUAUGGAGAAACAGGAGGUGACACCACUGCAACUGAAACUCAAUCUUCUUACAUCUCUCCAGCAAGAGGACGCUUAGGUGAAGUUUUGGGGGAAACAUCUUACAGUGAUUUUGAGGGUGUCGAAGAUGAGGGGGAUUUGACGAUUUACCAUAGAGGAGACACAGGCCCAACCUCUUCCCGAGCAAACACCAUGGCUUCGGUUGUGCCAAGCACCGGUUUGGUAACGUACAAAGCACGCACAACCACUGUGCCUAGCACCGAAGCCUUACACUCCGCAGUACCGAUGAAGGCAACACCGGGGAAACCUGACACCGGAGGUCCGAAUCACGUCGUGCGUGUGCCAGUUGCCAGUGCGGUCACAAUCUGCAUCUUUGUCGAAGUCUUUGUCUUUGCCUUCAUGCUCGUCUUCGUGAUCGUCCAAGUCAGGCGUAUGAUGAAAAACCGCGGCGAUGUACCGGAGAAAGUCGUAGAUGACAUCGAGAAGGGGAACGGGAGUGAUGAUUUUUCGUCCGGUGUGAGCUGCAGCACCUCGACGCCGAAUUCUCGUCGAGGGUCGGUCUAUCCAGGUUUGUGCAGCGCCCUCUCGGAAAACCUUCACUACAUGCUGUCUCCUAUUGAUUCUCAAGGGCAGGGCAUGAGGUCUUCCUUUUCAUGUUCUCACAGCGUCCCAAUUGAUGUCAAGCCUAAACAGAUCCAAGGCUGCUUGUCGGAGGAGAGACAACGUAGCAGCACCUGGCUCGAUUUCUCCCCCGAGUCGAAGAGGGCGUUAUACUCCAUGUCGAGGUCACGGUCAACCCCUGAGCACCUCGCCGCCCGGGCAUCGAUGAGCUCCAGCAGUGACGUGGUUGAGACCCACAUCGGCAGGCUUAACACGGGCAUCUACAAGCGAGAGGAGCUGGCGGCCAAGUUCGUCGGCAAGUGGAGACAGAAGAAGGGCAAGAAGGAGAUCAGCAAGCUCACCUUCAAGGUCACCUACGACUCGGAGAUCGAGCUUCUGACCGUAUUCGUCGACAGCGUACUCAACCUGCCUCAACCAGUGAAAGAUGGAAACGGAGAUGUCUUCGUCAAGAUCGCCCUCGAUCCAGACCACAAGCGGAGGUCGAUGAACUCGAGUAUCCGUCAUGGCACCCGGAGUCCCGAGUUCAAACAGAACUUCUCCUUCCGCAUCGCUCGCGGUGCUGUUAGUGAGAUGCGCAUCAAGUUUACUGUGUGCGAAUAUGACCAGUAUUCUCACCCGAUCGCCGUCGGGUGCGUCGACUUCGCGCUAUCCGAACACGAGCUCGACCAUGGAGCUGAUGCCGACGACAAGGUCAUUCAGCGGGAUCUCGAGAAACCAGAGAAGGAAGAAGACGAGGCAUUAAUGGGAGACCUCAUGAUCUCACUCACCUAUCUACCCAAUGCAGAACGCGUCAACCUUAUCAUCAUGAAAGCACGCAACAUACGACUACCAGAGUGGGGCGACAUGGAGGUCGGACGAUCAAUUCUUGACACCUUCGUGAAGAUAACCAUCAUGAGAUGCGGCAAGGUGAUGAAACACAAGAACACCAAAGUAGUACGACGCUCCUGCUCUCCGGUUUUUAACGAAGCCUUCUCCAUCGACCGAAUGCGUCUCUCGGAAAUGCCCGAAUGCUGCUUCGUGCUCUCGGUCUGCACUCGGAUCAAUCAUUUCCGAAGCCACCGCAUCAUCGGGCGGUGCGUCUUAGGCGGAAAGGAUUGCGCCGUCGGUGACGGACUGGCGCACUGGAACGAGAUGUCUGAUACGCCCCGGAGUAUCGUGGCAAGGUGGCACAAGAUUCAGCGAUAGUCGACCAAUGGCGUUCUCAAAUUAUGUCUAGUUUUUGAUCAAGAAAAUGCAUUAAUUUGCUCAGUAUAUUUUAAUAUAGAGUUGAUGGCGUUCUGGCUCUCAAUUAACAGACAAAGAUUAAUUCGUAAGCCAUCUAUGCCUCCUGUAAUUUAAUGCUACUAAAAAGAAUGUCGUUUAAGCUCUCGUUAUGAAACUUUUCGGGGCA